CAAAUUUCCGGCCGAGAGUCUAGCGCCACGAGAAACAAAAUGGCGAUCGAUCCGUCUCUCACCGAAACCGACAUUUUCGACGAAUUUUUGAAAUAUGGACUGUUUUUGGGCGCCAUUUUCCAACUGGUGUGCAUAGGAGCUGUUAUAUUUGUGCCGAGUAGAGAUGACAAGAGGGACGGAGACUCUAGUGACGAUGAUGGUUCUGAUCACGGCUCCCCACACACGUCGCCCCCCCAUCGUGGUCACAACCAGCACCAUCGACGCAAGCAGGACAAGAAGAAGAGACGGUGAAUUCAGCAAGACAGGCUUCGGGAGGGAUAACUCAUUUUGACGGAAGAGGGUGUCCUUUUGGACUUUUAUGGAACUUUGAAUGAUUUGUGAUUUUUUUUUUUAUGGGGGGAGGAGAAGGGGUGUAGUUGCUGUGGUGAGAAUGGGUUGUGCAAUUUUAGAAUUCUGAUAUGAUGUGAAAAAAAUGUGUUUUAUCGAGAUAAGUGCUUGCUUGGUGAUCUGAAGGAAAUUAUUAAAGUAAGAAGUUUAAGAUUUAA